AUGAAGUCCUUCCCUACAGUUUCUCUACUACCCAAAGAAGAGACUCUAGUUGAUCAUUUUCUUGAUACAUACCCUCACUACGAUGGUCGUAAUACUAUUGUAGCGAUUUUUGAUACAGGUGUCGAUCCUGGUGCGAUUGGAUUACAAACGACACCAGAUGGACGUCCUAAAGUUAUUGAUAUUAUUGAUGCAACAGGUGCUGGUGAUAUAAAUACAUCGACUAUACUGGAAGCAAAAGACGGUCAAUUAACACUAGCUACUGGUCGUGUUUUGAAACUAAAUACAAAGUGGAAACCAAGUCGUGAUGGAAAGUAUCACGUUGGAUCAGUCGUUGGAUUUCAUAUUUUUCCUCAUUCCUUGGUCACAAGAUUGAAAAAAGAACGAAAAGAAAAAUUUGAGAUUCAACAACGAAGUGCAGUCAAUGAGAUACAAAAGGAACUACUUCAAUGGAAAGAAAGACAAGGAAAAAAGGAAGAUAAAGAAGGAGAAGGGGAUUCGAAUUCUUGUGUCUCCACUAAUGAGUCAGCUAAGAAGGUGCUGAGAAUGAAAAAAAACGAUCUGGAAACGAGACUGACACAAUUACAAGAAUUGAAUAACUCUUAUGACGAUCCAGGACCAAUUUAUGAUGUUAUUGUGUUUCAUGAUGGGGAGUCCUGGCGUGCAGCUUUAGAUACGAAAGAAACGGGAGAUUUUACCGAUAUUCCAUCAUUGACAAAUUUCAAAGAUGAACGACAAUAUGCUACAUUCUCUCACGAAUCGCAGCUUAAUUUUGUGCUAAAUAUUUACAAUAAGGGAAAUGUUUUAAGUGUUGUAAAUGAUGUUGGAGCUCAUGGAACGCAUGUGGCUGGAAUUGUGGCAGCAUAUUAUCCGGGCCAACCAGAAUGCAAUGGAAUUGCUCCUGGUGCACAAAUUGUUGCGGUGAAAAUUGGUGAUGCCAGGCUAGGGAGUAUGGAAACUUCAGCGGCAUUGAGUCGUGCGAUCUUGGCGGUUAUGAACUCAAAGGUCGAUAUUGUCAACAUGAGCUACGGUGAAUAUGCGUCACAACACAAUUAUGGACGCAUUGUAGAGCUCAGCAACGAGCUGGUUGACGAGCACAAUGUAACUUUUGUUGUCAGUGCGGGUAAUAAUGGACCUGCCUUGGGUACAGUGGGUGCUCCGGGUGGAACAACUUCGAGUAUGCUGGCAGUCGGUGCCUAUGUGUCCCCGAAAAUGAUGGAUGCUGAAUAUAUUAUGCGCGAUAGCGGGCUACCUGGUAUUGCCUACACGUGGUCAUCGCGUGGACCGACAUUCGACGGUGACCUGGGUGUGAACAUAUGCGCGCCUGGUGCUGCCAUUGCCCCGGUGCCGAACUGGACGCUGAACAAAAAACAACUCAUGAACGGCACGUCGAUGUCAUCGCCAAAUUGUGCUGGAAAUAUCGCGUUGCUAAUCAGUGGUCUGAAGGCUCAGGGUGUUGAGUAUACGCCGUACUCGAUCCGUCGCGCAUUGGAGAACACUGCUGUGAAAGUACCCAAUGUAGAAGUAUACGCGCAGGGCAAAGGUCUCAUCCAAGUGGUUCCAGCGUUUGAAUACUUGGCAAGUAGCAACGCCUUUGACGGCACGAAAAAAUUUCCCCUUCACUACGAAGUCAAAACCUCCUCGGGCGAUGGAGAUGCUCGUGGCAUCUUCCUUCGUGACAGCGCUGACUUUGCUCAUGACAGCUCUGAAGUCAAUGUCACUGUGACGCCUGUUUUUCACAAAAAGGCGGCUCAUGUUGACAAGGUUCACUUCGAGCAGCAUGUGCGUCUUGUCCCAUCUGCACGUUGGAUUGACGUGGGACGAAGCCUUGCCUUGAUGCACGGCGGGCGCGCAUUCAAGGUGCUUUUGAAGACGAAACAUUUGACGUCUGGUGAGCACUACGGCGAAAUCGUUGCUUAUGACACAAAGAAUGAAGCUCGAGGUGCUCUGUUCACCAUUCCUGUCACUGUGGUCAAGCCUGAGCAUAUUGCAUCGACGAUUAGCUAUCAGACCAAGUUUCGGCCUGGCAAUAUCUCUCGGCGCUUCAUCACGCCUCCUGUGGGAGCUACAUGGGCAGACAUUAUCUUCUCGCGAGUUGGCGGGAACGGCGAGCAUGAAGUAGAUUCCAUCUCUUCAGGAAAGCUAUACAUGUUCGAUGCGGUGCAGUUCCAGCCGUUUGUGCGCCAGAGUCUGUCAUCAUUUCACAAGACCUUCAACUUAAAACCUGGACAAGAGCUCGCCUUCAGUAUGGACCUACUGGGAGGGUUAACGACUGAGUUUUGCUUAGGUCAGUUUUGGAGUGCCUUAGGAGACUCAAUCGUGCAAAUUGAGAUUCGCUUUCACGGCAUUAGACCCGACCAGGAGAAUAUUGUUGUCUUGGGUGGCGAAGAAUCACACAAGGUUUUGGUCUCGAGCUUUGUGGAAACCGAGACGUUAGUCCCUAAAAUUAGCUUCACGAAGUAUGUGCAGCACAUCCGUCCAAAGACGGCUGAAAUUUCUCCAUUGAGCUCAAGUCGUGACCAGUUCCCGGACCAGCGUCAGGUGUAUGAAUUAGUCUUGACGUAUCCGUUCACAAAGAAAGAGGAGGGCAAGGUGGUUCCGCGUUUGCCUCUCCUAAAUGGUCGUCUGUACGAGUCGCCCUUUGAAGCGCAGCUAAUGAUGAUAUUUGACGACAAGAAGCAGUACAUGGGUAGCUCGGAUGCGUAUGGUGAUGAAACAGCUUUAAAGAAGGGCUCGUAUAUUGUUCGUGCCCAAGUGCGGCACGAGGAUGUAAGCAAGCUCGAAAAGCUGAAGCAGAUGAUGCUAGUCUUAAACCACGAGAUCAAAGAGAUUCCUGCAUCCGUGUUCGGACACCAGGAUGAUGUCGCGGUAGGCAACAAACCACUUGAGAAAAAGAGCCUGCCUACUAGAAAGUACGUGUCUCUUUUCGCUGCAGAGCCUGCAUAUGACAAGCUUCCUGUCGGGAGUGCUGUUGGAGACAUUCUGACGGGCAAGAUUCACUUCGGUCAAAAGGACAGCGCCAUUAAGGGGAGCGGUAGACGCCCCGGCGGUUUUGACAUUACAUAUAUCAUUCCUCCAGCACCUACCCCAGUCACGGAGCCGAAGCCGGAAGCGCCGAAGGAUGAGGACAAUGAAGAGCAAAUUGCCAAAGAAGCUGUUCGUGACUUGCUGCUUGAGCGAACGAGAAAGCUGGCUGGUAAACCUGCUUUCCUGGCUGCGUGGCAGCGCCUCGUGGACGAAUUUCCGAACCACCUGCCAGCACUACAGGCGAAGCUGCACCACUUCGACAAUGAGGCCAACCGGUCUUCUCAGCUGGCAGAGGUGAUCGAAAGUGCUGACGCUGUGCUCGCUUUCAUUAAGCAGGAUGAGCUGGCGCUGUUCUUUGGCACUCGCAACGUCCCUAGCGACCUACCUACAGACGAAGAGAAGGUGCGCAAGGAGAAGGAGAACGAAAAGGCGAUCCUUGUCGACGCUCUUGCACGCAAGGCUCGAGCUCUCGACGACACAGCUCAAUGGGAAGACUUUCUGGUUGCGUAUGCAAAUCUGCAAAAGUGGGAAGACGUCGAAGCGCCGACGUACCUGCACGUGGCGUUGCUACAUGAUCGACACUUUGAUGCGUUUGGCCUUGCACUGCAGCGUCUGCGCAUAGUACAAAGUAUGGAACUGGCCGACAGGAGUAAGAUCAUUUCAGACGAGAAGCUUGCCUCUGAAAUUGUCAGCACCCUCGAUGCACUGCAGUGGACGCACUGGACCAAGCACGAAACCCAAUGGGAGCGUCGUCGCUCGCCAUCUUUCUACCGGAUUUUCUAG